AUGAUGACAUUUGAUGAAGAACCGAAGAAUUAUAAGGAAGCCAAAAUGAACAAGAAUUGGUUCGAUGUUAUGAAGGCCUUAGCUCAGAUAAGAUAUGGGAGCAUUGCGUGUUCUGACCCAGAUGGCGAUAACUUGGAGUGCUGUCCAAGUACCUUGGAGUGUUGUUCAAGCUGUCCAACAUUAUACUUAACUCGUGCAAGUUACCUCCAUGAACAAUCUUAUUCAACCCAAAACCGUAUUUCAACUCCUUCAUCUUAUGUGACACUUCCUCGCAAAAAUUGCACUUGCAAAGCAACUUUAAAGGAGGCCAAUAGCAAGAUUGAAGCUGUAGAAAAGGUAAAAGUGAAGCCUUCUGAAUUUUCUUCCGAGCUUGAGCUCUCGAGUUUAACUGCCAUAAGUCUCUUAGAUGGGCGUUAUAGGAAUAAAGUCGAAGAUCUCACCCAUUAUUUGAGUGAAUAUGGUCUUAUCUACUAUCGCACCCUGGUUGAGAUUCCUCAAGCAUCUGAGGUUCCAAGCUUUAGCAAUGAAUCCCAAAAGAAAUUACAAGAACUAAUUGAUGGAUUUAGCAAUGGUGAUGCAAGGCAAGUGAAGAAUAUCGAGAGAAUAACUAAUCAUGAUGUGAAAGCAGUCGAGCAUUUUCUUAAAACAAAGUGUCAAGAAGAUCCACAGAUAGCUAAGGUGCUUGAAUUUUUUCAUUUUGGAUGUACAUCAGAAGACAUAAACAAUCUAGCUCAUGGUCUAAUGCUUAAAGAAUCAUUAAACUUGGUUAUUCUUCCAGGGAUGGCAAAAGCCAAUGCUCACAUUCCUAUGCUUUCUCGAACUCAUGGACAGCCAGCUUCACCUACAACUUUGGGAAAGGAAAUGGUGAUAUUUCAAAAAGUAGAAAUUUUGGAGAAAUUUGCAAGAGCAGUUGUGAACUACAAUGCACAUGUUGUGGCAUAUAAUGAUGUAACACAAAUUGAAUCUCAUGAUUACAUGGCAAAACUUUUCCAUUCAUUUAUUCGAUUUAAUAACAUCUUGCUUGAUUUUGAUAAAGACAUAUGGGGAUAUAUCUCUGUUGGAUACUUCAAACAGGUGAAUGAAGCUGCCUUAAACAAGGAUCUGGACAACUCAUGGGAGGUUCUUGCUGAACCGAUACAGACAGUGAUGAGAAGAUAUGGUGUUGAGGAGCCUUAUGAGAAACUGAAGGAGCUUAUGAGAGGAAGAGUGGUUAAUGAAGAGAGGAUUACUGAAUUCCUUAAAAAAAAGGGUUGGAAAUACCGGUUGAAGCAAAAAUAGAGCUUUUAAAGUUGACACCACAUUAUUAUGUUGGAGUUGCUGCUCAAUUGGAGGAGGAAGCGUGUUUUAGGGCUAAUAAUAAUGGGAUGUGGUGAAUAGGUUGAUUUUGAGGCUGUUGCUUUGUGAAAUUGGAUGAUUUUAAACCUUCCUUAACAUAAAUGAACAGGAGCAAUGGAUAUGCGAUAAUGAAUUCCUAGGUAAGUUCUUUUUGUUAACAUCAAUUAAUCAAAAUUCAAACAAUGCAUUCAUCA